UGAGGGAUGAGAUUUUUCAUUGAAGAUUAUUUCCCACGUGUUAGCUGUUCAUUUGCUAGAAUGCCUGUCCUCUAUACAUCGGCUGAGCGGGACACAUCUCAUUAGCGUGAAAGCAAACCGCACCAACACAGAAAAAAGAAAAAUAGUGGUUGAACCGGAUCCACCACGUCAUUUAUGGACCAGUUCAACCAGUGAGCAACACGUCUGCAGACGUGAUGGGAGGGAAAAAUCGCCGGAAGAAAUCCAUCGCGAUUACAGGAUCCGUUUCGUCUCUUCACUCUUUGACCGCGGAGGCCCGAUCGCGUCGCCGGCGGCGGAGCUGGAGAUCAUGUGGCGGAACUCGGCCUCCAUGGCCGCCGAAGACUGGAUGCUCUUCGACGAGAGGCGGUGGAGGGGUAGCUGGAGGCGGUGGAGCGGAAGAUCAUGCGGUGGGACUCGGCCUCCCCGGCCGCCGAAGACCGGAUGCUCUUCGACGAUGGGGACUGCUCCGACACCAAGUCGUCGUUCGCGACAAACCUGGAGAGCAGAUCGUCAGCCCGGGGCGAGGAAAAGGACAUCCGAUUCUCCUUCUUCAUCGACCGGAUGAUUCGAUGCGCGAUCACAAAAGGGCGAGCUUGGUGAGAGAGGAGGGUUGGAGUCUUGGAGAGCUCUGGGAAUCGAGGAUGGGAAGGGGAGCCGUACGAAGAGAUAUGGAGGGUAUGCGGAGGGCCGCUGGUGGAGGUCCCGUGGCAGAACGAGAGGGUUUACUACUUACCCCGACGGGAUGGAUUUCUUCCAUCGGCGAUUUUUUUUUUCCCUCCCAUCACGUCUGUGGACGCGUCUGUGAACUGGUCCACAAAUGAUGUGGUGGGCCUGGUUCAACCAAUAAUUUUCAGUUGGA